AAGAAUCAUGUUGUGGCUUUAUUUGUAAUCAGUUUCGAUACUAAAAGUGGGAAUGUUGUCGAAUACUGUGUACCCAGUGGAGUACAAUUGAAUGCCGUUGAAUUUAAAGCAAUGCCAAGUGGUAGCCACACAGUCUCUGAAGAUUUUGUAUAUUUCAGAAAUGGCCAAGAUCUAUAUGGACUUAGCUGCUUUAAAAGAAUUCAAGUCGAUAACCAAGAAGAACGCGGUGUACGUAUGAAAUCAGUCGGAAUACUUUGUAAGCAUUUCAUAACCUUACAUUUACACAUGCCUUUCUUGGAGAGCGAAGUUGUAAAGCAGUUAAAUAGCCCGGGUAACUAUCAAAGAUUACAAGAGUAUUUUACCAAUAAUAUAGAUUUAAAUGAAUCCUUAAUUCAACCUUAUGGAAGUAAUACAUCAGUAUUGAAGGUAAGGUUAUUAAUUAGCGAAUAUACUGAAUAUCAUUAUAGCAUUACACAUCCUGCUGGAUGCUUUUCUCAGUUUAUUAAGUUUUUCGGUGUAAAGAUAUUUCCACUAUGGAGACUUAUUUUAUUACAAAAAAAAAUCCUAUUUUACUCCCCACCACCUGUUGGCAUCGCUUGCUAUCGGGUAUACUGCUGCAGCUUGUUGUCGUCAUCAUCCAUAUCGCUGCGUGAAUCACAAACUCAACCACAAUUCUACGUAAAUGUAGCUGACAUUGCCGAACUAUCAUCUACAAAAACUUAUGUUGCAUGUACCACGGAGAAAGUUUUUGAGAGUAAGAAAAACUUAUAUGACGCCUUCAUCGAUAUUCGGAACAUAAGUUCUACAUCUCCCAAUAUUGAACCUUUAACAAAAGUCACUUCUGAAGACAGAAAGAGAUUCGCUGCUCUUUCUCAAUUAAGGUUCAGUAUUCGAAUACACAUCUUUCGUAUAGGCUUACAAAAAUCUAUUUAUAAAUGUUUCAGAAUAGCAUUUUUCCGCGCUAUGAACGACAUCUUGUUCCAGAAAUUGACCGAUAUUUCAAGUAACCCGGAUCAUCAGAUUUCUAACUCGGAACUUGAGGAAAUGGGACUAUAUCCUGGUGCAGAUAAAGUAUUCUUAACUCAGUUAAUCGAGUUAUACAACUUUAAUGUUGAUUUACAACCGGAC